AAAGGAACUAGACGUUGAGAUCUAAAGAUCCCUUUUUUUUUUUUCUUAAUAUGUAUUUAUUUUAAUUCACUCUCACACAGUCACAUUCCACUCCCUUCGAAAGUUCAAACUUUCAGCUUUCUUUCCUUAUCAUUAGCUGAAGCUGAGUAGAAAACUCAUAACAUAUAUAAAAGCCUCUCUCCUUUCAUUCGUUUUUUCGAUUUUUAUUUUCAUUCUCCUCCUUCAUAUCUUUAAGUUGACUCAUCUGUGAAAUGGACCCGGGAAGGAGCCUCUUGUCAUCUAUAAAGAGUUGUGUGUUUUAAGCAAAACCCUUGAAGGGUUUGUCUAGUUGAGAAGGGAGCGUCCAAAAGUUACUAACUUUAAAGGGCUCAGAAGUCACUGAAAAGAGUGGGAUUCUGUGUUUUUUUUUAAAAAAAAUUUGACUGUAAAGAAAGAACAUGGGUGAAUCUGCAUUUCUAAGGAGAUCGUUCUCUUCUCCUUCUGAGAGUUCUCGUGAACCAAAAGAGGGUGACCCUUGUCGCGCACUAGGAGAAUCAAUCUCUUUUGGGAGGUUUAUGUCAGAACCCCUGGCUUGGGAAAAGUGGUCUGCUUUCACUCAUAAUCGCUACUUAGAAGAAGUUGAGAGAUACUCUAAACCUGGUUCUGUUGCUGAGAAGAAAGCCUACUUUGAGGCACAUUACAAGAAAAAGGCUGCUGAAAGAGCUGCAGCAUUGCUUGAGGCCGCAAAUGUUAAAACAACUGAUGAAGCUGUCACAGAGUCAGUGACGCCUGAGGAGAAGAACUGCAAUGACUCUUCUAUGGAUUCAGAGUUGGAAAAAAGAGAGAGCCUUGUGGAUGAACAACAUGAAAUUGAUGUUCCAAAUACUGAUUAUUGUACCAAUGAAACUAAGUCUAAUUCAAGUGUUGACAGGGGUGAGAAGGAAUGUUCCAUGACAGAAAUGGGAGAGGUGGUAAUUCAAGAAAGUAUUGAUAUGGGGAGUUGUGAUCCAAUUGAAAUUCCAAAUCAGUCUGAGAAGAAUGAAGAAAAUAUUAGUAUUGAGGAUGUUGCUUGUCAGAAUAUUACAGCAUCAACGAGCAAACAACGGCUGGCCAACUCUUCCCCAAGGACAUCAUCCAAGCAAGUGACCCCUAUACAAACCAGAAAUGGAAACAAUCUUGCUUCAAGGUGUAAGAAUUUCAUGCAAGACUUGGUUGACAAAAAGAGUGCAAAAUCACUCCAUAUGUCGUUUCACUUUUCUUCUCGCACUGGUGAAAGUAGUAAACCUAUUUCCCCCUUUAGACAAAAGAUCAUAAGCUCAAAAGAUUUAACAGCUUCACCCAAGGUAUUUGCAAAUAAUUCAACUUCACAAACAAAAAUAAAGGCUUCUGUUAAUGGAGUAGUAAAGAGACCAUCACUAACCCUCAAGUCCGAAAAUAGAAGACUAAAUAAAUCAGUUGCUGAAGGAACAACAUUAGAUCGAAAACAAAAUUGCCCCUCUCCAGACAACUCAAAAUCUUCUAGUGGGAAAGGAAGUAAAUCGCGAUCUUCUAUUAUUUCUUCUCCUUUCAAAUUCAAAAGUGAUGAAAGAGCAGCAAAACGAAAAGAGUUCUACGAGAAGCUUGAAGAGAAAAGAUAUGCAGAGGAGGCUGAAAAGAAGCGUCAACAGACAAGAUUCCAGGGAAAAGCAUUGCAGGAUAUUAUGAAAGUGCGGCAGUCCACUGGUUUAAAAGGCAAACCAAAUGAAGAUCUGUGUUCUGCAUCACAAUUGCCAACUUGUCAUAUAAAAAUGAUGAACCAGAUCCCUUUGAGACAGCCUAAAUCACCAACGCUUGUAAGGAAGGCAUUUCCCAAUAAGAUCCGGGAUGCAACUUUUGAGUCUUCAGACAAUAAUGAAAGCUCGAAGUGUAUUGAAAAUAACCGAACGACUAUUCAAUCUCUUGCUUCACGCUUUCAGAGGAAAAAUGCACACGAGAAUGCCUCUCCAAAUAUCCAGAGUUCAACAGUAAAAAAGGUAGGAAUCAUUUUGGAGAGUAGACUGUUGUAGUAGUGACCAUCACCAAAAGCCACUUGUGUGAAUUGUGAUUUGUGUAGAGAGGUCUGAUCUCAGUCAUCAGCUAGAAAUUUUUUGCAGUAUUUUAUUUCUGUUUGUAAAAUAUGUAGAUUUUUCACUUUUUUUCUCACCAGUUUUGGCAUUGGGAACAAGAAGUAACAACUUACAUAACAAGACUAACAUUUUUUUUACUUUGUUCUUUGUUUGUACAUAUUUCUCAUUUUCUUAAUAACUAACAUAACUGUGCAAGUACGUAGCCUUAUUAUGUUUA